UGUCAUUGGACAGAAUAAGAAGAAGAUUUUAGUUGGGUUUUUUUGUUCGCCGGGUGGAAGAGUGUUAAGAAAAGUCGUGUGAAAGGGACUCAUCCAAUCCUCGUGAACAAGCAAAAGACAAGGAAAGUGCUGGGAAAGAUUGAAAAAAAGAAAAGUAAUCGUGGAAAUUUCUCCAACAUCUCCAUCAAGCCUCUCUCAUUGUCUCUCUCAUUCCCUCUCUUUCUACUUGGGUUUGUGUGUGCGUGUGUUUUUUUGAGAAGGAAAAUAAGGAAGCGCCCCCUUUUGGCUAUUUUUUGUGGUUCGAAUAGUGAGGACGAAAAGAAACAAUGCAGUAUUCACCGGGAAUUCAUCCAAUGCACUCAAUAUUUCGUCGGGUAGAUCGGUAUGAUCAGUUUGAGAGGCGUGGAAUGCCGGAAAGUAGCGGUGGCGGCGGUGGCGGUGGGAACUAUACCUAUCGUCAGACACAAAAAUACGAUUUUGUGAAUAAUAACAACAACGGAAAGUACGGUUUUGGGCCAAAAAGGGACUUUGGUGGUCCAAAAAAUUACCCACCGAAUGACGAACAUAAGACUUUCCAUGGAAAAUUCCAGGGAAAUCUCGGAAGACCUCAAAAGCCCCAAUUUCCGAAACCAGGUGGACCCAUUGUGACAAAAGAGGAACGGGCAAAAGCUCAGAGUGCCCGUGCCAAAAAUCCGGGGCAGAAUUUGGAAAAGCCCAAAUGGGAAAAUCUUCCGCCAUUCCCAAAGGAUUUCUACGUGAUGCAUGCCAAAGCGGCUGGACGAACGGAAGCCGAUGUGGCUGCCUACAGGCGAACAAUGGAAAUUACUGUGGCGGGAAAUCGUGUACCGCAUCCCAAUCAGGUAAUUACGGCAUUCGAUGAGGGCAAUUUUCCGGAAUAUGUGAUGAGGGAGAUAGCCAAACAGGGUUUUGCAUCACCAACGGCUAUUCAGGCCCAAGGAUGGCCAAUAGCACUAUCUGGACGCGAUAUGGUGGGCAUUGCUCAGACAGGAAGUGGAAAAACACUGGCCUACAUGUUGCCAGCCAUUGUGCACAUUCAGCAUCAGGUUCGUAUUGUCCGUGGUGAUGGACCAAUUGUGCUGGUAUUGGCCCCAACACGCGAACUAGCCCAACAGAUUCAGACGGUUGUGGCUGAUUUUGGGGUUCACAGUGAUCCACACAUUAGGAAUACGUGUAUCUUUGGUGGAUCACCAAAGGGACCACAGGCCAGGGAUCUGGAGAGGGGUGUUGAGGUGGUUAUAGCCACACCAGGACGUCUGAUAGAUUUCCUCGAACGUGGUGUCACAAAUAUGAGACGUUGUACGUAUUUGGUGCUCGAUGAAGCUGAUCGUAUGCUCGAUAUGGGCUUUGAACCACAAAUUCGUAAGAUAAUUGAACAAAUUCGACCGGAUCGUCAGGUUUUGAUGUGGAGUGCCACAUGGCCAAAAGAAGUUCAAGCUCUGGCUGAAGAUUUCCUCAGAGAUUACAUCCAAAUAAAUAUUGGUAGCUUGAACUUAGCUGCAAAUCACAAUAUACGACAAAUUGUCGAUGUCUGUCAGGAUAGUGAGAAGGAACAGCGUUUGAGUGUUUUGCUGAAGGAUAUUGCUGGUGAUCGUAACAAUAAAAUUAUUGUUUUUGUGGAGACAAAGAAGAAAGUUGAUGAUAUUGUCAAGUCAAUUGUGAAAGAGGGCUAUUCAGCAACGGCUAUUCAUGGUGAUAAGAGUCAACCGGAAAGGGAUUAUGUCCUCCAAGAAUUUCGUACGGGAAAAUGUACAAUUCUUGUGGCAACUGAUGUUGCAGCUCGUGGAUUGGAUGUUGAAGAUGUCAAAUAUGUUGUCAACUAUGACUAUCCAAAUUCAUCUGAAGACUACAUCCACAGAAUUGGACGAACUGGAAGAUGCGAUCAAUCGGGCACAGCCUAUACCUUCUUUACACCAGCAAAUGCCAGGCAAGCCAGAGAAUUGAUAGCUGUCCUGGAGGAGGCUCAGCAGAAGCCACCGCAGCAGUUGAUGGAGAUGGCUCAACGGUCAAAUCCAGGCAGUAUGAAUAUUAAGGUUAGACCAAGAUGGCAGACACCGAACAGUAGUAGCAGCUACUUGCCGCCAGGUGGCAAGAAACUACCAUUUCAACAGAGGCCACAGAUGGAUCGAAAUAUGAUGGACAACAGAGGACCACCCCAUUUCGCAGGAGGACCACCCAAGAAUCUCGAUGGAGGACCACCUCCGAGAUUUGGUGGUCCAAAGCAACAGAUGCCCAAUCGAAUGGGCCAUCAGCAAAAUGGCGGCGGUGGUGGUGCCGGCGGCGGCUACGUGGACAAUGGCGGUCAGUGUGAUCAGGUGGCCCAGUAUGCUGGUGGCUAUGUGCCACGGUCGCAGUUUGUGCCGAAGGGAGCUGGCCGAGGUGGCGGACGAUGCUACCAGCAGGGUGGUUGGAAUUCUGGCGGUGGCGGUGGCAAUGGUGGAAGUGUUUUUGUGGGUGGACGAGGUGGUGGGUAUCAGCAGGGUGGUGGCGGUGGUGGGGGCGGUGGUGGUUCUGGUGGUUCUGGGGCACCAGGAAGAUUCUAUCAGCAGCAGCCGCAGCGUUUCCAAAGUGCCGGCGGACAGCGUUUUGUGGGCUAUGCACCGGGACCGAGUCCGGCUGGAGCCGGAGGGCCAAGGGGUGGGGGAGGUGGUGGUCGUCCAUUUGAAGAUGGUACCAGUUCAGCAUCGAGCACCAGUGGAGGGACAAUGGAGAUGGGCGGUGGACGACCAGGUGGAGAGAUUUCGCCGCCGAAUUACAGACAGGGCGCCGGCGGAUGUCCAGGUGCAUCGUCACCGCAGGCAGCAGCAUAUCAAUUGCCGCCGCAGCAGCCGCCAUUUAUAAUUGAUCCAACGGGCAUAUCUAACAUCAUGACUCCUUAUGGACAGUACCAGAUUGGUCCUCAAGCAACACCCUACUACCCCUAUGCCCCUCAGACAGCAGCUGUUCAGCAGUAAAAUAAAAAUUUAAAAAUUAAAAAAAAAAAACGAAAAACUGGUGACACGAAGGUAAGUGAAUUACAAAAAUAAUAAAAAGAAAAUAAACAUUUUUGAGAGAGAGACAGAGAGAGAGACCCAUGAAUCCCCUUUCACACGUUUUUCUUCACUUUAUCUAAAAAAAAAAAAAAAAUUAAAAUGAAAAAACAUAACCACUUCUAUAUUUAAAAAGAAAAUAAUUAUAAUAAUAAUCUAAAUAUAAAAUUAAAUGUUUAGAAAAUAAGGAUGAAUUAAAGGAAAUAAAAAAAAACAACUAACAAUUUGAUGUUAAAGAAAACAAACUAUUUGCGAUUUUCGGGUAUUCGUAGAGCGGGCUUUCAACAUUUAUUUUUUUGCGUUGAAAUUUAAAAAAAAAAAAUGAAUAAAAUAAUAUGAAUAUAGGAUUUUUAAUUUUUUAUUUUGUUUUCCUUCUGGAAGAGGAAAACUUUUUUGGUAGAAUUGUGAAAGAAAAAGAAAAAAAUAUAGAAUCAAUACAACUACAGACAACCAAAAAAAAAAGAUAUUGAUCUUUUCUUUUUCUUUGCUGUAGAAAUUAAUUAUAUAGAAACUAUUACAAGAUUUAAAAAAGAAAAAAACAACAGAUAUUCAAAGAAAUAAAUACUAAUAAUGCAAAGAAAAUAAAAUUAAUGAAAAAAAAAUGUGGAAAAGAAGUUUUUAAGGAAAAUCCAAAUAAAGAAAAAACAAAUUUUAUUUAAUUUUGUGUUCCAAGAUUUUUUUUUUAAAAUUUUGUUUUUCCUAAAAAGAAGCUUCUAUUCUGCAAAGAUUUUUUGGGAGAUUUCUUUUUUUCAAAAUAGAAAAAUUACUUCGGUGAUUUAAAAAUUAAAAAAGAAGUAAUAAAUAUAUAUAUAACCAAAUAAACAAUAAGAUUUCCAUAUUUUUUUUUUUGCUUUUAAUCUCAAAUAUAUAUUUUUUUAAAGCAGAUUAGAAGCCAAAUAAUUAAUAAAAAAAAAAUAAAAUUAGUAAUAGAGAGAACUUUUUCUUUUUUUAAUUUUUUUGUUCUCUUGUUUUUAUUAUUAUCUUUUAUUUUUCAAUUUAAAAUAUAUAUAUAUAUAUAAUUAUAACUUACGGUAAUAAUUAUAAUUGAUAAAAAUUAAAGAAGAAAAUACAACAAAAAAGGUAAAUUUGAUGAUGAUACGAAGAAAAUUGAAACAUUUUGCGAGAAAAUGAAUUUAGUAAGACAUAAAUAUUAAAAAAAUAAAGAUAAUAAGAAUUAAAAAAUAACUGUAUGAUGUUGAAAUGCACUAAAUGGGAGUUAAGAUGUUAAAAAACAACAAAACAAAACAAACAAAUAAUGAAGAAUUCUCUAAUUUUUUUAAAUGAUUUUUUUUUAAUUAGAAAGAACUGAAAUUAGGAAAAUAAAAAAAAAACAAAAUGAACUUGAAAGAAAAAUAAUUCUUUCACAAUUUGUUUUGUUUUGAAAAAUCUUUUUAAAGAAAGAAAAAAGAUAACAAAAAGGAUCUAUGUUUUAUUUAAAAUGAAUAUAAUAGAAUAGGCAUUAAAAAAAAAUAAAGAAAGGAAAUUACAAUUCAAAAUAAAAAGGAAAUUAUAAAAAAAAAAUUUGAACAGAUUUGUUCAUGUUUUUUUUUUCAAAAUUUCCACAAAUUAUCUUUUAGAUUAACGACAAAAAAAAGAAGAGUAAUAAUUUAGAAAAACAAAUGCCUUUGUCCAAAAUAAACAAACUCUUUUUGGGUAGAGCAAAAAAAAAGAGAAUUUUCACCGGGAUAAAAUAGAGUAAAAAUAAUUAAUUUAAACAAAAAAGUUUUAUUUCUUUUCUAUUAACUCUGUAUUUUUUAAUUCCAUAAUAAUUUAAUUUAAAAAAAAAAACGUACAUAUAUUAAAGAAAACAACCUAAAAAGGAAAUAAUUCGUAAUUUCCUUUUCUUUUUUCUUAUUUUAACAAAAAAAAAGAAAAA